AUGCCCCCUCAUGGCUCCCCCGCACAGGAAGACGAGGAGGACGACUAUAUGUCGAUGGUGAUCGAAGAGCCCCAGCAGAAGGAAACAUUCGCGCAGAAGAAACUGCGCAAACAACGCGAGGCCGAAGCCCGCGCCAAAGUCCCCUCGAAAGCCGAACGCGCCGCCGAAGAAGCCGCCCGUCGGGAGGCCGCGCUCUCCACCAGCACACUAAACCCGGCCAACAAGGGGUUCCGGAUGAUGGCCAAACUGGGUUUCAAGCCCGGGCAGACGCUAGGGAAACCGCAGGCCGCGCCGGAGGAUGAGUCGCAGCCGGAGCGGGUGCGCUCGGAACCGCUCAAUCUGGUGUUCAAGGAAGGGCGAGGGGGCAUUGGGCUGGAUAGCGAGAAGAAGCGCAAGUUCCGAGAGGAGGCGGAGGAGGCCGUGAAGAAGAUCAAGCAGGAAGAAGGCGACUAUAGGGACCGGGUGCGGCAGGAGCGGGAGACGCGACGGACGGAAGCGCAGGUCCACGCGGCGCAGAAGGUCGCGGAGCGAUUAGACGCCGAGGCAGAAAUGGAGGCAGCAGAGGAAGUACAACCGAACGCUGAAGGGUCACCAGCAGAGUCCCCCGACCCCGUCGGCACGCCAGGCCCCGCGCGCCCCAAGGUGAAGGUCAAACCGACCUCCCAGAUCAACAUCCUGUAUCGGGGACUGGUGCGCGAGCGCGAAGAAAAGGAGCGGUCGCUGCAGGCGCGUCAUGCACUACAGACUUCUCUCCCGUCGUCAUUCUUCCCCACUCCCCAAUUACCGGGGUACGAUGAUUCUACGCUGGAGCGGGACGACCAGCAAGCGCUCGGGGCCGGGCCCGAUACAUCCACCAUCCUGGAGCAGGAGCUCGAGGAGGAAGAUCCGGAGCUCGAUGAGUUCAAUGCGCUUGAGCCCAGUGAACGGCUGGCCCGGCUGGUGCAAUAUCUGCGCGAAAAGUACCGAUAUUGUUUUUGGUGCAAGUAUCGUUACGAGACUGAUGCGAUGGAGGGAUGCCCCGGGAUCACCGAGGAAGACCACGAUUGA